GUUUGGAACCGCCCCUGUGCUACUUCCGUGCGUAGUAGGAGCGCGUGGUACGAGUGGGCGGCCUCCUGGCGUGAACCCCCAGAGGGAGAGGCGCAGGUCUGUCUCUAGUUUUGCAGCACUUGUUCACGGCAUUAGCUCCAGGACAGAAAGCAUUUGCGUUGCUCUACACACCUCCUCCCCAAAUCUCGAGAGACCUCAGGUUGCAUGAUGGAAUUUGAAUAUUACCUCAAGAGGUUUUAUGCUUUGGAUUAGCUAACAGUGUUUGUCCUCUGCUGACUAUUUCUCGGACUCAUUUUUUGGUGUCCAUUUGAGGCAAUAAACCCAAAGGGAUUAUACCAUGGACUACAAGGAAAGCUGCCCCAGUGUAAGCAUUCCCAGCUCAGAUGAACACAGAGAGAAAAAGAAGAGGUUUACUGUUUAUAAAGUUUUGGUCUCAGUGGGCAGGAGUGAGUGGUUUGUCUUCAGGAGAUAUGCAGAGUUUGAUAAACUUUACAAUACUUUAAAGAAACAAUUUCCUGCUAUGGCCCUGAAGAUUCCUGCCAAGAGAAUAUUUGGUGAUAACUUUGACCCAGAUUUUAUUAAACAAAGAAGAGCAGGACUGAAUGAAUUCAUUCAGAACUUAGUUAGGUAUCCAGAACUUUACAACCAUCCAGAUGUCAGAGCAUUCCUUCAAAUGGACAGCCCAAAACAUCAGUCAGAUCCAUCCGAAGAUGAGGAUGAAAGAAGCACUCAGAAGCUACACUCUACCUCACAGAACAUCAACCUGGGACCAUCUGGAAAUCCUCAUGCUAAACCAACAGACUUUGAUUUCUUAAAAGUUAUUGGAAAAGGCAGCUUUGGCAAGGUUCUUCUUGCAAAACGGAAACUGGAUGGAAAAUUUUAUGCUGUCAAAGUGUUACAGAAAAAAAUAGUUCUCAACAGAAAAGAGCAAAAACAUAUCAUGGCUGAACGUAAUGUGCUUUUGAAAAAUGUGAAACAUCCAUUUUUGGUUGGAUUACAUUAUUCUUUCCAAACAACUGAAAAGCUUUAUUUUGUUCUGGAUUUUGUUAAUGGAGGGGAGCUGUUUUUCCACUUACAGAGAGAACGGUCCUUUCCCGAACACAGAGCUAGGUUUUAUGCUGCUGAAAUUGCCAGUGCAUUGGGUUACUUGCACUCCAUCAAAAUAGUGUACAGGGACUUGAAACCAGAAAAUAUUCUUCUGGAUUCAGUAGGACAUGUUGUCUUAACAGAUUUUGGGCUUUGUAAAGAAGGAAUUGCUAUUUCUGACACGACAACAACAUUUUGUGGGACACCAGAGUACCUUGCUCCUGAAGUAAUCAGAAAACAGCCCUAUGACAACACUGUAGAUUGGUGGUGCCUUGGUGCUGUUCUCUAUGAAAUGCUGUAUGGAUUGCCUCCUUUUUAUUGCCGAGAUGUAGCUGAAAUGUAUGACAAUAUUCUUCACAAGCCCCUAAGUUUGAGGCCAGGAGUGAGCCUCACAGCCUGGUCCAUUCUGGAAGAACUCCUAGAGAAAGACAGGCAAAAUCGACUCGGUGCCAAAGAAGACUUUCUUGAAAUUCAGAAUCAUCCUUUUUUUGAAUCACUCAGCUGGACUGAUCUUGUACAAAAGAAGAUUCCACCACCAUUUAAUCCUAAUGUGGCGGGACCAGAUGAUAUCAGGAACUUUGAUGCAGCAUUUACAGAAGAAACAGUUCCGUAUUCUGUGUGUGUGUCUUCUGACUAUUCUAUAGUGAAUGCCAGUGUACUGGAGGCAGAUGAUGCAUUUGUCGGUUUCUCUUAUGCACCUCCUUCAGAAGAUUUAUUUUUGUGAACAGUUUGCCAUCCAGAAACCAUUGAGGCGAAUACAAGCCUACAGAUGAGACUGAAACUCCUGUUUGUGUGAAUAUAUUCAAAUCUGUUUAACUAGUGCCUCAUUUUUACAUGUAAUGUUAAAUAUGAAAAAUGUAUUUUCUGCUGUAUGCAAGAAAAUAGGGCAUUUCAAAGAGCUAAGUUUUGGAUUAAAAUUUGUAUUGUUGUUUAUUAGCUUAUUUUUAAACAAAUUUUAAAAGCUAUUGUUCUCAGCAUUAACCUAUUUUUAAAGAAAACUUUUUGCUAAUGACUGUUUUUCCCCCUCAGUUUACACUAACAUCUACCCAAGACAGACUAUUUUGCAACAGCCUAUUUCAGUUCAGUUAACAUAAAUUAAUGCCUUUGUAACUCUCUACUUUGACCUUUGUUCUCAGAUCAGAACUAUGCAAUUGGUAUGUGGUUAAGAAGAAAUCACAUCUUUCCAUGAGAAGUCGUUGGUUGACAUAAUCAGUUCUUCGUAGGAUUAAAAUGUAAAAGCAUAGUUAACACAUGGGCUGUGAGUUAACACUUGGAGUAAGUGUUCAUUCUGCAGAUCAAAUUAAGAAAUAACAAGGAGAUCCUUUACUUUUGAAAUACCAAUUCAAAUUUGCAAAUUUUUUUUUUCUGUAAGAAAAGUAAAAGCUUAAUAGUUAGAAGGUUUAAAUAUUCCCAAAGAUCUGAAGGGUAAUAAAAUACUACUGGAUUUUUUUUUUAGGUGGUGCCAAAAAUGAAUGUCUCUGUGUCAUGUAUUUAUAUUACAAAUACAUUCUAUUUAUGUUCUUUCUGGUCUUUUGAUGUUAUUGUUAAGUAGGCCUAAAUCUCAGUAUUUGCUUUUGCAGACAGCUGUGUAAAACUGUUUUUCUAAUUGGUUAAUAAGUGAAAAAUAUUGAGCUUUCUGGAGUUUUUACCUAAUUGGGAAUUAAAAAAUAGAAUAGUAAAUUCUAGGUCAGUGUGAAUAUAUAUAUUUCGCUACAAUGUAACAAGUUAAAAAUAAUUCCAGCAGAUGCAAUGACAGUAUCUUACUUGUCUUACAAAAAGUACAGGAAACUGACCUUAAAAUCAUACUAAAAACCAACUAACUGUGGACUUGUCACUAUGAAGAGAAUACAGAAAAACUAAAAAGAGUGCUUGUCUUGGAAUUCUGCUUCUUAGAGUAGAGAUUCUUCAAGUCAUGUAGGAAACAUUGUGAAAGUUUCGAGACCAACUUUAAAAGCUUAAGGAACAAGCAUUCUUUCCAUGUAUUUCCUCUUGAGAAAAAAAUCACAGAAGCAUUUCACACCAAUACCCUUUGGCUUAAAAACGUUCAUCAAAAUGGGGUGGGGGAGUGUGCUUUUGUUAGAUUAAUAAUAUUUGCAUCCAAUACACUGAAUCUUACUUUAGAGGUAAGACUUUAAUAGGGACACUGUAAAUAUUUGGUUUAUUUGGCACUACUGUAAGUUCUGCUUUUACACAAAGCUCUUUGCUUAUUAUAAAGCAAAAUAAAAACUGUAGUCUCCUGUAUGAUUUAUUUUUUACUCAGCCACUCGUUAAUUAAACUGCCAAAAAUUAAAGUGCAAUAUUGUAUAUUUUUAAGAACAAAUUUAAAAUAUUAUGCUGAUGUUUAUUGGAUACAAGAAAUACAACUCUUACAGUAAAAUAAAACUAGCAAAAAGAUUAAUAAUCCUCUAAUUCCUGUCAUUAUUUUAAAUUAAAUUUGUGAUGGUUUAUAAAAGUCAUUACAAAAAUGAUUUGCAUAUGUGAGGAAUAAAAGUAUAAAACUUAAAUAUUUGGACACAUAAAAAUUAGAUUAUAUGGAUUAUCAUAGGCUGACAUAUUUAAUAUUCAGGGAACAAAACCUCUUCCAAGUUUCAAGUUUAUUUUUUCUUUCAUAGCAUGCUAAGUCUUUUAGAAAAGAAGUGUGUGCCCUUUGAAUAGUUGAACCAUUUCAUGGCUAUUACCAAAAUAAACUCAGAGGUCUAAAUGAAGACUGCCUAACAUUCUUCAUGUUAUCCAUACCUCUUAUUUUAUUGCAUAUGGUACAGUGUGGAGCUUCCCAGCCAUUGUUACAUUAUAGCACACACUGAAAAUUACAAAUUUUUGGCAUACCUGAGGAGAGGUGCUAAAUGAUGCAGGUACUGGCAAGCAGGUUCUCUGUUCAAGAUUUUUAAAUUCCAAAAUAAUUUCUGAACUUAAGAUAUUUACAGAGAGAGCCAACAAACACUGUUUGGAUUUAAUUUUAGCAAUGGUGAACAUUUAAAAGGUGGUUUAAAUAUUUGAAAGAUUUAUUGUAAAAUUUUAUCACUAUAAAAACCAUUACCAGUGUCUUUUAGCAUACUUGUUAACUAGUAAUUAUCCAUAGGCAUAAUAUUACAAAACUUUACAUAUUUUAUGAGUCAUUCUUUUGUACAUCAUACACUAUGUGAAAAACAGGAGUGAGAAUUACAGGAACGUUUUUGGUGAUGUUUGAAUGACUUUUUUCAAUAAAGUGUUUUGAAAUUAA